UCACACUUCUGUAACUCUUACUAUGGGAGAGGAAAAGGCAGCCUGAGGAGCUACACAUGGUCUCUGCUUCCACACGUCCUAGCACCAGGACAUGAAGAUGAAUGAUGAGCCAAGGCUAUGACUUGCUAGUCUUUCCACGCUUCAUCUGCUACAACUUCCGGCUUCGACAUGGAAAUUCUUUGCGAAGACAAUACUUCCCUGAGCUCAAUUCCAAACUCUUUAAUGCAAUUAGAUGGUGACUCCAGGCUCUACCAUAGCGACUUCAACUCCAGAAUUGCUAACAGCUCUGAUGCAUCAAACUGGACAAUUGAUGCCGAAAACCGGACCAACCUUUCCUGCGAAGGGUACCUCCCACCAACAUGCCUGUCCAUUCUUCAUCUCCAGGAAAAAAACUGGUCUGCUUUAUUGACGGCUGUAGUGAUUAUCCUAACCAUUGCUGGAAACAUACUGGUCAUCAUGGCAGUGUCCCUAGAGAAAAAGCUACAGAAUGCCACCAACUAUUUCCUGAUGUCACUCGCCAUUGCUGAUAUGCUGCUGGGUUUCCUUGUCAUGCCUGUGUCCAUGUUAACCAUCUUGUAUGGGUACCGAUGGCCUUUGCCCAGCAAGCUCUGUGCAGUCUGGAUCUACCUGGAUGUCCUCUUCUCUACGGCUUCUAUCAUGCACCUCUGUGCCAUCUCACUGGACCGCUAUGUCGCCAUCCAGAACCCCAUCCACCAUAGCCGCUUCAACUCCAGAACCAAAGCCUUCCUGAAAAUCAUCGCUGUAUGGACCAUAUCCGUAGGUAUAUCCAUGCCGAUCCCAGUCUUUGGAUUGCAGGAUGACUCGAAGGUCUUUAAGGAGGGGAGCUGCCUGCUCGCCGAUGACAACUUUGUCCUCAUAGGUUCUUUUGUGUCAUUUUUCAUCCCCUUAACCAUCAUGGUAAUCACCUACUUCCUCACUAUCAAGUCACUUCAGAAAGAAGCCACCUUGUGUGUGAGUGACCUCAGCACUCGGGCCAAAUUAGCCUCCUUCAGCUUCCUCCCUCAGAGUUCUCUGUCGUCGGAAAAGCUCUUCCAGCGGUCCAUCCACAGGGAGUCAGGCUCCUACACGGGCAGGAGGACGAUGCAGUCCAUCAGUAAUGAGCAAAAAGCGUGCAAGGUGCUGGGCAUCGUGUUCUUUCUGUUUGUCGUAAUGUGGUGUCCAUUCUUCAUCACCAACAUCAUGGCCGUCAUCUGCAAAGAGUCCUGCAAUGAAGAUGUCAUUGGAGCCCUACUCAAUGUGUUUGUCUGGAUUGGUUACCUCUCCUCAGCUGUCAAUCCACUGGUCUAUACACUAUUCAACAAGACUUACAGGUCUGCCUUCUCCCGGUACAUUCAGUGUCAGUACAAGGAAAACAGGAAGCCACUGCAGUUAAUUCUAGUGAACACUAUACCGGCAUUGGCCUACAAGUCUAGUCAGCUGCAGGUGGGACAAAAUAAGACCUCAACAGAAGAUGCUGAGCCAACAGGUAAUGACUGUUCUAUGGUUACACUAGGAAAAGAACACUCAGAAGAGACUUGUACAGACAAUGUCAACACCGUGAACGAAAAGGUUAGCUGUGUGUGAGGGAUUGGUUGCUGUGACAACCUCACUUGGCCAAGGUUUUAGCCCUUGUGUGUGGGGGCAGGGAUAAAGAGGCUGGGACAAAUCAGGCUACUCCAGUGACUCAACAGUAUCUAUAUGCCUCAUUGCACUCUGUAUGAAGAGCAGUGUGUCACAGAAUGUGCACUUGGGCAAUGUCCUAACAGCAUUUAAGCUGAGUGUUAUGGUCUUGUCCUUGUCCUUUUAACUUUGUCAGUGAGAUC